CAGGCCUCCCUUUAGGACACGUGACCUUACUCCUUUCCGUUUUGUUGAAAGAGUCGCUAAAAGGAGUUGAUGGCAGUUUUACUAGCAAGUCACCAUGGAGGAAAGGACAAGCUGCAGUGUGCAGACAUCUACAAACUGUGACAACUCUUUGGAAACACUGAAUUCUGCCCACCAAGCUACAGGAGCUGUGCAAAUGAGAAUCAAAAAUGCCAACAGCCACCAAGACAGGCAGAGCCAAACUAAAUCCAUGAUCCUCACCGAUGCUGGGAAGGUCACUGAACCUAUUUCCCGGCACAGAAGGAAUCAUUCACAGCAUGUGUUGAAAGAUGUCAUUCCACCACUAGAACAUCCAAUGGUUGAAAAAGAAGGGUAUCUUCAAAAAGCCAAAAUUGCAGAUGGAGGAAAGAAACUAAGGAAAAACUGGUCUACUUCCUGGAUUGUUCUUUCUGGCCGAAAAAUUGAAUUUUACAAAGACUCUAAGCAGCAAUCUCUUCCUAACAUGAAAACCAGGCACAACGUAGAAAUCGUGGAUUUGUGUGGUGCACAUAUAGAAUGGGCCAAAGAAAAAUCAAGCAGGAAGAGUGUCUUUCAGAUCACAACAGUAUCAGGAAAUGAAUUCCUUCUACAGUCAGAUAUUGACUUCCUCAUAUUGGAUUGGUUCCAAGCUAUCAAAAAUGCAAUUGACAGAUUGCCAAAGAAUCCAAGUUGCAGGUCCCUGGAGUUGUUCAAUUUGCAGAGAUCCUCAAGUUCUGAACUGCCGAGUCACUCCCAUAUCGAUAGAAAAGAACAGAAACCAGAACACAGGAAGUCCUUCAUGUUCCGACUGCAGCACAGUGCUUCUGAUUCAAGUGACAAGAACCGCGUGAAGAGCAGACUGAAGAAGUUCAUCUCCCGAAGACCUUCUCUGAAAACUUUGCAAGAAAAGGGAAUCAUUAAAGAUCAAAUUUUUGGCUCUCAUCUGCACACAGUGUGUGAACGAGAACAUUCCACAGUUCCAUGGUUUGUAAAGCAAUGCAUUGAAGCUGUUGAAAAAAGAGGCCUAGACGUUGAUGGAAUAUAUCGAGUUAGUGGCAAUCUUGCAACAAUACAGAAGUUAAGAUUUAUCGUCAACCAAGAAGAGAAGCUGAAUUUGGAUGACAGCCAGUGGGAGGACAUCCACGUCGUCACCGGAGCACUGAAGAUGUUUUUCCGGGAGCUGUCUGAACCGCUCUUCCCUUACAGUUUCUUUGAGCGGUUUGUGGAGGCGAUCAAAAAACAAGACAGCAAUGCAAAGAUUGAAACUAUGAAGUCUCUGGUAAAAAGUCUCCCUCCUCCAAAUCAUGACACCAUGAAAAUCCUCUUCAGACAUCUAACCAAGAUAGUUGCCAAAGCCUCCCAGAAUCUCAUGUCCACGCAAAGCUUGGGUAUUGUAUUUGGACCCACCCUUCUGCGAGCUGAAAAUGAGUCCGGGAAUGUGGCGGUACACAUGGUAUACCAAAACCAGAUAGUGGAGUUCAUGCUGACUGAGUAUGAUAAGAUCUUCAGCUCAGGGGAAGACUGACAGACGAGACAAGCUACUGAGUAUGUUCACAUCUGUCUUGAUGCCUAAUAUUUUUACAUUUCUGUAAACAUAUUUCUGAAAUAUUUUUUCCUUCCAAGCGACAGAUGCUUCAUUUUGUGAAAACUUAGUGAUGAUUUUGUAUUUAAGUUCCAAACAUUCGAAUAAAAUAAAUGACAAUAUUUUCCUAUAUGUGUUCUACAUUAACCCCUUGGGUGUUGUUUUAUUUCAGCAUUCUAUAAAUACAUCAUAAGUGUCUACAUUCUUAAAUAAUGUGUACAAGGUAGCAUUAAGACAUAGCUCUACUACUGCUCCUUGCCAUCAGGUAUAUCCUGGUGAAUGUGCAGCAGUGUGACCAUGUAGAGAAAUUGGGAACAAAGGUGAGUGUGUGUACACCCCUGUGCCAUCUCAAGAUCCAUACGCAGCAAAUCACCAGCUAGGUCCCAUGUGCCUCAGCAUCCACAGAGAGAAAACAAGCAGGAAAAAGGCAUCUAUGUUCUCAAUAAAAAUAGAAUUUUUUCACCUUUCAAAAGUACAAUCCAAUGAUCCUCACUGACAGGUGAGCUUUGCAAAUACAACACGUUGAGUGACAACUUUUCUGAAGAACAAAAGGAUAGUUGAAGAGAUUUGUUUUGGAUCUCUCUCUCUCUCUCUCUCUCUCUCUCUCUCUCUCUCUCGUGUGUGUGUGUGUGUGUGUGUGUGUGUGUGUGUGUGUGUGUGUGAAUACUAUUUUGGUUCCACAAACAUACCAUUUUAUAAAUUAAAUGGAUCAAUCUUUACUUUAUACAGAGAUUGCAUUGCUGUUCCGUUUUGAUUCUUCCUUAAACUGUGUAUUUUCCCUUUCCCCAAAAUAUCAUCUUAUGUAGAAUUUUUAUUAUGUUUUGAAGGAUGUUUUAUUAAUGAGUUACACUAACUCCAUCUAGAAAGAGCUAUUUUUAAAUGCUUGCAUUAGUAUGGCCUAAGAAUUUCUUGACUAGACUCAUACUGUUUUAUCCAUUUGAUGGUUACUUUCAGUUGUGAUAGAUAGACAAAGAUAUAUCUGUCUAGAAUAUAUCAAAUAUUGCUGCAUUUUGAAAAGUGUGUACUAGCUGAACACAUUUCAUGCCAUUUUAUGAAAGAGUUCUGCUGAUAAAACAUAAAAUUAUGUUUAAGAGCUUUUAAAUAAACUCACGUGGAAUGAAUAAAACUAAUCUAGUGUGAUAAGUAAGUCUAGCUAUGAGUUUGUCCAUAAAAUUAAAAAAAAAGCAUGUAAAUAGUAUGGUAUGAAGCACAGAUCCAGGAGGAGAUACUCAGAACAGUGAUAAGCUCAUAGGCAUAGGCUGUAGCAUCAUGGAUGGGGCAUUCAGAGAUGAGAAAGUCUACUUAAGAGAUAGCCAGAUGGUCAGGAAGUACCGGCAUCCACAGCAAUGCCUGAGGAUGCUUGCCUGAGGAAGGAUCCAUUAUGUUUGUCCCUCUUGAAUGUAUUUAUCUUAGUAGAAGUCUCUAUACAUGAGCUCAUAGCCAAGAACUAUGAAGCAACCGCAGUAAAUUGUUGAAUGUGGUUUCAUCAAGUGGGAUGUAUUUGCACACCACAAAGCCAAGGGAAGUCACAAGAAACAGAAUCCCAUGAUCUAAAGUCAUCAGUAAGAGGGAAGCAGCAGAAUGGCUAAACUGGAAAAGCUUCUUACAUGUAAAGCUUGUGCCUUUCAAUAAAACACAGAGAAAUAUGAAA